UUUAAUACCAAAUAAGAAUUGGGUUAUGUUAAAAUGUUGAACCUAAUUUCAUUAUACCCGUAAAGAAACAAGUUGACGCAGAAAGACAAGGAAAAUGGAUAGGAGAAAACUUUGUAAAUCCUUGAAGAUUAGUUGCCGUAUACGUUUUAUGCCGAAGUAUAGGAAGUGAUCUGAUCAGCUGUAAUUAGUUUGAAUACUUUUGGGUUUAUAUACAACCACUUUAAACGGGCGCAAUCCGUGAACAUGUUUCGCUUCCGCCGGGAAAGGAGUCACAAGAUGGCGGCGCCGUGAGCUGAACAAGAUGGCGGAUGCAGCGCGGGGCAUGCCGGGAGAGGACUGAAGGGGUGUAACCCUGCCAUGUGGAGCGGGCUGGCCGACAGGUUCGCCAACCUCACCAAGUUCUGGCGCAGCCGGAAGAUGAUGGGUCGAUCCAGCAGCCAGCAGGCCGUGAACGGGGGCGCCUCGACCGCCGAACAGCCGGGGGCACCUACCACGGGAGACGUCGCAGGCGAGGCCAGCGAGGCGCAGGUGCGGCGCUACCUGGCGGCCAGGCCAGACUUCCUGGAGCGCUACGUGCUGGAGCAUGUGGAGCUGGAGCAGCUGGAGCGCUGGAUGAUCCGCGGCACGCAGCGCGCCAAGAAGAGGCCCGACGCCAGCGGCGCCCCAGCUAAAAAUGGCCGCAAGACAAGUUUAUCCCGUUGGAAGUUCUGCGUGCACGCCGACAAGCGCCACAUGCUGCAGGAGUUGACGCGCUCGCUGCAGAGGAACCCCAGCCAGGGCAACGUGCUGUGGGAGCUGGCGGGGUGCAUCUCGUCGGCCGUGGGCGCCGAGGGCCACCGGCUCUACCUCGCCGAGGAGGGCGACCCCGAGCAGCUGGGCCUCUACCUGCCGCAGAGCAGCAGGUCGGAGGGCGCCGGACCCAAGGUGCAGGCUCUGGGCUCGGGACUGGCAGUGCCCCAGUACGUGGCGAGGACCAAGGAGCCGCUGCGACUGUCCCGCACCGAGCCCGACCUCAGGUUCCCCGACUGGCUGCCCAUACAGGGCGACGCGGGCCACGUGCUGUACCAGCCCGUGGUGCAGCCAGACGGCCAGGUGGCCGCCGUGGUGGAGCUGUGGCGGGCCGAGGGGUCGCCGCCCUUCCACGAGGAGGACGAGGAGAUCGCCUGCAGCUACCUGGUGUGGGGCGGCAUCGCGCUGCACUACGCCCAGCUCUACCUGUCCAUGAACAAGCAGCGCCGCCUGGCCGACUUCCUGCUCACCGUCGUCAAGUCCAUCUUCCAGGACAUGGUGAGCAUGGACGCGCUGGUCAUCAAGAUCAUGAACUUCGCGCAGCGCCUGGUGGACGCCGACCGGGCGUCCCUGUUCCUCGUGGACGCCAAGAGCCAGGAGCUGUACGCGCGCAUCUUCGACGUGGGGGUGCCCAGCUCGGACGAGGACGCCGACGACGACCCCCUCGAGUCCAUCGUGCCCACGCCCAAGGAGAUCAGGUUCCCGCUGGGCACGGGCAUCGCCGGCCAGGUGGCGCUCACGGGAGACGUCCUCAACAUCUCCGACGCGUACUGCGACCCGCGCUUCAACCGCGCCGUCGACCAGCUCACCGGCUACCGCACCCGCUCCAUCCUCUGCAUGCCCAUCUUCAUCGGCGACGGCGUCAUCGGCGUCGUGCAGAUGGUCAACAAGCACUCCGGCAAGUUCCUCAAGGAGGACGAGGAGGCGUUCGAGAUGUUCGCCGUGUACUGCGGGCUGGCGCUGCACCACGCCAAGCUGUACGACACGAUCGCGCGCUCCGAGCAGAAGUACCGCGUGGCGCUGGACGUGCUCAGCUACCACAACACCUGCUCCGAGGAGGAGGUGGAGCGGCUGCAGCGCGCCGGCGUUCCCGACUGCGUACCGGCCAUCGACGACUACUACCUGGACGUGUUCUCGCUGGACGACCUGCAGAAGGCCCGCCACGCCGUCUACAUGUUCAAGGACCUGUUCGGCCUGGCGCGCUUCGACGGCGACAGCGUGGUGCGCUUCGCGCUCACCGUCAGGAAGAACUACCGCCGCGUGCCCUACCACAACUGGACGCACGGCUUCUCCGUCGCCAACAGCACCUACAGCAUCAUCAAGCACAGCCCGGGCGCCUUCACCACCUACGAGGCGCUGGCGUUGUACGUGGCUUCGCUGUGCCACGACUUGGACCACAGAGGGAAGAACAACAAGUUCAUGCUGGAGACAGAGUCGCCCCUGGCGGCCAUCUACAGCACCUCCACCAUGGAGCACCACCACUUCAACCAGACGGUCACCAUCUUGCAGCAGAAAGGCCACAACAUCUUCAGCAAGCUGACCAACUCGGAGUACAAGCAGGUGUUGGACCUGGUGAAGCACUGCAUCCUGGCCACCGACCUGGCGGUCUUCUUCCCCAACAGGGCGCGCCUGUCCGAGCUGGUCAGCUCCAGCCGCUUCAACUGGACCAGCUACGAGCACAGGUUGCUGCUUCAGGCCAUCACCAUGACGGCCAGCGACCUGUCGGCCAGCGCCAAGCCGUGGGACCUGCAGGUCAAGACGGUCCAGGUCAUAUUCCAGGAGUUCUACGAGCAGGGUGACGCGGAGAGAGCUGCAGGGAGAAUACCUAUCCCGAUGAUGGACCGCAACCAGCCAGACCAGCAAGCCGCCUCGCAGGUGGGCUUCUUGACUGGGAUCUGCAUUCCUUGCUACAGUCUACUGAACCAGCUGAUUCCAUCCACACAGCCUCUCCUCAGUCAGUGCCAGGCCAACCUGGAGAGGUGGAAAGAAAUCGACCAAGAAGUGGUCAGGCAGAAGCUGGAGAAAGUGCGGCAGAAACAAGAAGAGGCCGACAGGAGAACAGCUGAAGAAGACGAAGCAAACAUAGCCAACAAAAGCCCUACGGCGUCGGAAGAGAGAAGAGCGCCAAAUGUCGGUGAAGAUAAAACAACACAUGAUACGGAGAAUGCAAAACAAACAGAGCAAGGAAGUGUACCAAUUGAUGGGGACCAAAGAGUAGAUGAAGUGAGUGAACAAAUAGAAAAUUCCCAUGAGAAUGAGAAACAAAAUUUGAGGCCAGCUCCUAACUCCAAAUGUACAAAUGACAGAGUUACACAGUUUUACGAUGGGAGUUUUGAAGAAACGGAAACUAACGUAAAUGAAAAAGAAAAUCGUGGCAGUAAAGAGGAAGUGGAACAAAGUCUAGAUAAAACAGCUGAUACAACUAGCAAAUGAACAUUAAAAUGGUGACAGUUGAAAACUUCAUUUAUAUGUAAGUUCCUGUCAGUGUGACGGUUAAAACACUAUGUAUACAUUUAUUACGCUUUUUAUAUUGUAAAUUCAUUAAAAAUAGUUAAAAGUUUCUACAUAUCAAGAAAGAAAAUGCAUUGCUCUUCUUAUUGAGUGAUAAAUCCCUACCAAAGACAAACAUGAAAAAUAUAUAUGUAUAUAUUUUCUCUAUUUUACUUAUAUUAUCUGUUCUGUGUGUCUUAAAUCACUUUGAAUGUCUAUUUUAUAAUGUGUGAUAAACUGUCCGACUUUUUAUGAUUGGUGUUGCAAAUCAACUUCUUGUAUAAAUUAAGUGUGAUUUGCUACUUUUAACAUCAAAUUAUGGUCAGCAAUGCCAUGUUUAGGAAUUCUCGUUAUAAUUAUGUAUGUGCAGUAGUUACGAAAACUUAGGCAUUAGUUAAGAGCACAGUGUUGUGAGUUUUAUUGUAUCCAGGGCCGUCGAGAGAGAGAGAGAGAGAGAGAGAGAGAGAGAAAGAAAGAAAAAGAGAGAAAGAGAGAGAGAAAGAAAGAAAAAGAGAGAAAGAGAAGGGGGGGGCGGUAGGUAGGUGUAAUUCCAAGGUCUGGUUACAUUUCAAGAUUUUUUUUUAUGUGUGGAUUUACCCUGAUAGCAGGUCGAAAAUUACAAGUCUGGAAAGCUUAAGUUAAGCAAUAUGCUUAUAUCACUUUUACGGUCGUGGCCAUGGUAACUUUGCACAAGCAAAUCUACCUGGAAGAAAGUUAUGAUAAUAAAUCACAAGGAGAGACAAAAAAUACAUCUGUAAGAUAUUUUGUUUCAUCUUAGAUGAGAAGGAGGUGGCUUGGUUAUCGCUUGUCCGCAGAAAGUUGAAAACCCGAUAAGGCAAUGAAAAAUCUGCCGGCUACAACAGGUGGAUGUUGUGAGAGGGAAAUGUUAUUUCAAGAUAAUGAGCGGGACAGCUUCUGUUGAAGCCCAUAACUCAGAUAUAUUUACACUCCUUUAUUUGUCUACCAUGUUUAUUUAGUUUAGUCAUAUAAAAUGCAACGUGCUAAAUUUUUCCAGGAAAUAAUGUAAUAGACAAAAAACAGGUGCUCUAAAGCAGAAAGAAAGGCAUCAAAAAGAAGUAGAAGACUAACAAAGUUCAGACAAAUUUAUUUAAUAUUGGGUUUGUGUCAUCUAUUGCAGAUAAAAAUAAAAGUAAGGAGGCAAAUGAUUCCUUUUAAAUUCCUCAUUUUUCACAAGAUUCAUAAGACUAAACAUUUCUAAAUCUACUCUGCAGCCUCUAAAUUUUCUCAACAGAUUAACAGACCUCAAUAUUGCUAAUUUAUUAUUUUUUUGUGUUCUGCUUUGUUCAUAUUCUGCAUACUUCCUGUUUCUGUUGCUCAAGCAGAAAGAACUUUCAGUGUGUUCAGCAGAAUAGAUAAUUGCCUGAGAUCCACAAUGGGCAACUGAUCUAGGAACAUUAUGCAUUGAAUCAAGCCUUGUGCAGAUAUGCAUUGAAUCAAGCCUUGCGCAGACAUUGAAUUUUGAUUCUAUAAUUGAAACGUUAGUUUAUAUGAAAACACAAAAAUAAAAAUAAAAUUUAUGAUUAGUGAUUUUUAAGUUUGUCAGUAUUAAGUAUGUUGUAUUUUAAGUUGUUCAGUAUUGUGUUAAUUGAUAAGUUUUAAAAAUAAAUUAAUUGUCAUAUUUUUUUUGGAAUAUAUAAAGGGAUGAAAAUAAUGUUUCAUUGUGAGAGACAUUUAAAAACUUUUCUUUAAGUGCUGUUGAAAAUUACUUAGUAUUUUUCUCUAUAUACAGCAUUAUAUCUCUUAAAGGUUUCCAGUCUUUUGAUAUUUUUUUCUUUAUUAAAUAGGUAGUAUGAAGUUUUAACUAUUAAGUAAUAGGGAAAAAAUUAUUUGCCCCUGGGCUCUUAACUUCUCUUGACGGCCCUGAUUGUAUCACCUGUCUGUAUGUUCAUCCGUACAACUAUUGUGGCAUACUGGGCCAGAAUGGCUAACCAAAUCCCUCAUUACCACGACAGCAAAAAAAAACUUCUCUCAGGAUUUUGACCAAUGUGUGUAACUCUAGUCAUGGACUCUCCAUCCUUUAUGCAAGCUGAAUGACAUGCUUUAUAUAUUAAUGGAUUGUGUCAUAAAUGUCAUGUGUCUGCUUCUUACUGGACUCAGUAAAAAAUGGAAUGUGGCUGUUUGAUUGCAAACAGAAAGAUUGAGAGGUUUCGUUUUCUAUCUCGUACUUUUGCCACUAGUCCUAUCUAAUGGAACUUCUGUAUUUGCGUGCGAGACUUAAUACAACUACAGCUGUUUAAAUUGUUCAAUAUGUAAUUCUGUAUUUUUUUGAUUUGAUAGGUUUGGUUUCAAUUUCAAUGGUCUCAUUAAUCAUUAACUUGUUUCACAUUCAUAACAAAAUUGUGAUGCAGUAUAUGUUAUAUAUUUCAAAUACAGUUUUAAAGCAUUUAUAAAGUAUUUAAAAUAUUUUGUGCUAUUUUUUUUAUGCAGCUCUCAUAUACCUCAAAAGUAAUUGUAGUAAUAAUAGUCUAAAACCAAAUACAAAUAAUAUUUUAAGCCAUGAAUUUAUGGCUAACCGCAAUUUAAAAUAUUUAUUUCUCCAGUCAUUAUUUUUAAGUCAAAAAUAAAUCCAUAAAAAAUGCACACAUUUUUAUUUUAAAGGUUUACAUCAAAAUGGUAAAUGGGAAAUUGGUGAUUAUGUGAAUUUCAUAAGAUGCAAAAUACCAACAGAGAAUUUACGAAGUACAUCAUUUUUGUACAUAAAAUCAUGUCACAUGACCGUUUUGUAAAAUCUGCUGAUUUUAAGACUGCCUAAAUAAAGGAUUAAUCUGAAUUUGACCAAAAAUAACUUCAGAUGCAUGAUCAUCACAACAAACAAUUAGUUUAAACCUUUAUACAACUUGUGGUGUAAAGUGCUUCCUGAGCCUGGUUUGAAGUUGGGGCUGAACAACACUUUUGUAGUAAAUGAGAAAGUAUUUACGAUGGAACUCUAAGCAAGUGGAUUAUAUUUAGUUGAAUAUAAUUCUAAAACCAACGUGAAUUGCGUGGCUGUAACAAAGUUAUUUCAUUGAAAUAACUAGGGAUAGUAACACAUCACAAAAAUAUGUGGAAAAUAUGUUUUACUUCCAAUUAUUUCAAUGAAAUAAUUUUGUUACCGUACCAAAUUCCAGGUGGUUGCAGAACAACAUUCAAUUAAACAUAAUCCAGACACUAAGAGUUCCAUCACGCUUUCUCUAUUAUUUACACCAAAAAAAAAGUUGUUCAGCCCCAACUUCAAAGACAUAUACUAGACUUGGGCAGCAAUUAAGACCAUACGUCGUAAAGAUGUUUUCAACUUAUUUGAUCGUGAUGAACCUGUAGCCCAAUUUUGUCGACUUCACUCAGCCUGUAUAAGUGAAGUCAUGAAGCAACUGAUGGAUUUGUUGCAGUGUUGCUUUAUGGGACUUGUAGUACCUUUAUGUUGAUUUACUGGAUUCUUGGUUUCUUUGUUAGUUUGCUUGUGUUUUACAUCACACGGUUAUGCACAGAGGUCCAGGCGAUGGGACCACCAAGAUAAAACGGGCUUCGAACCACUUGAGUGCCGACUCGGAGCUCAUGAAUUUGAGUAACGCCUGGGUGUUGGGAUCGAACGCAUGACCCACAUCACAUGAUUGGAUUCUUGGUAGCCAGUUGCCACAUGUGAAAAAACUGUUAUAAUAAUCUCUUGCUUUCAGGCUAAUAGGAAAAUAGCAAAAUAACUAAAUCAGUUUGUCAACGUUAAUGCUGUAAACCAAACCCAUUGUUUUUUAUUUUACACAGUGAUGGGCAAAAUACCAAUUUUAUCGAACCUGAAUAUUGACUUUUAAUCCCAAAGAGCACCACGAAUAAACCCCUAAAAUCUAAAUCUAGAUCUCAAGGGUCAAAAAUAAACAUUUAAACAUUCAACCCUUUGAAUUUUUGUUCCACAAACUAAGUUUCCAGACUCGAUACUUAUUGGAAUUGUAUUUUUAUAAUUUUAUGUUAAAAGUACAUUAUCUUUGGUAACAGGAUAGGUUUGAAGGAAAAAACUGACUUAGUAAACUUCAGAAGUUAUGAGGACUGAAUUUUUUUGCUUUAUUUGCUCUGAUAAUUUUUCUUCAAAUAUUUUUUUUUCUCAAUAUCGAAUCCGUUGAAUACUGAGGAUUUUAUGUUAUUUGAGGAUUUGAUUGACCCAUACCUAAUUUCAUGCAUGUGUAACAGAAAAAUUAUGCAUACACCAUUUAAAAAAAUACAUUCUCUUCUGCCAUCCUUUCAUAAAAUAAAAAAACUAUUGAGGGAAUUUUCCUGCUUGUUUCCGUGUACAUUAGGCAUCUAUUUGCCGAGGUGGCGGGAAUUAACGGCACAACCAACCUUGACGUGAAUCACAGUUAACAGAAAUCAAAGGGGAAGUAAUUUGGAACCCACUUUGUUCUUCCAGGUCCGAGUGUCAGUAGCGUAACUGUAAACAUUACACCUAAUUUGAUUUUAAUGUUGAACAUGAAUGGCAAAACCAAUUCCAACAUAAUAAUGGUACAAUACAUACAAUUUUAUAUUCUGAGUAGCAGAGUGAAGUAUGAACAAGAGUUAAGUGCAACUAAAUAUUUUAGUUAUUUGUAGUCAAACUUUUGGCAAAACUUAGUGCUGUGAUAUACAGCUAUGCAAAUUUAGAUGGUAUAUGUGGACACAAUUCUUAUUUUGUGAAGGAAUAAAAAUUGUGAUCGAUUUUAUAUGCAGAAUGUCUGGUCCUCAUUGUAAAUAUAAAUACCUAAAGUAUGCCAGCUGAAAAUCAUCAAGUGCAUCCUCUGAUACACGUCAACUGUGUGUUAAUCAUUUUUAACUGGAAAUUUUGUACUACAUAUUAAUAUACCUACUAUUGCAAGUGUUGUAUGCUGGAAAAAGAUACCUUUCUACUAGAAAUGAAAGUUUAUAGUUGUACUGAAGUUAACAUGAACAGAGAUGGUAUGCUAAGUAAUUCUAUUUUUUGUUUUAUAGUUCUUAAAAAAAUAUUACAGGUGCUUUUCAGACUGUUGCUGUUCACCAAUUUCACAAUGAUAAAGGGGACUAUGAUAACUGCUUAUACCAUGUUCCACUGCAAAAUAAUCAUGAGUAUAUUAAUAUAAAUUAAAAAAUUCUCUUAAUAUUUUUAAUAAUAUACUUUCAGUACUAAGUUUUCAGAAUUGGAACUACAAAAUGUUUCUUUUAGUCAUUAUGAGAGAUGCCAAAAUAAUGUUUUUCAGUGUACAAAGAUGUCACAAAACAGUAUUGUAUGUCAAUCAUCUGAUGUGAUAUUUUGAUAAUUUCAGUGACUGCAAAUACAUUCAGGCAUACAAAGCAUCUGAGGGUUGAAAAAUAUGUUGUGGCCAUAGUACAUAUGUAUUACUGUCGCAUAAAAUCGGGUGAAAAUUCAAAUCCUUAUGGGAAAUAUUCACAGAUUUAGGUCAUGCUUAUAAACUACGCAAGAAAUGCAAUAACACAAGAAAUGCAGGAUGCAAAAUGUCCAACAACGUUAUUAAAUACCAGUUUAUAACUACACAAUGUGCAAAAAUGCAAUGCAAGCAUCAGUCUACUAUAAAAUUCUUGCGUUUCGGCAUGCAUUUAUGCCUUCCCUACUUGAAGUGAAGUGUUCCAAAAAGUUAAAGAUGUAGACAUGAUAUUAAUAGAAGGCAACAAUGUUGUUUUAUUUAUUUUUACAAUCUGUUUUUCAAUUGUUAAAAUUCGCACAGUAAAAGGAAAUCACCCUUAAAAAAAUAUUGACAAUUUCAUGUGUUUUCAUGAUAAAUAUGACUUAUCAAAAGAAACCCAGGGGAAGAACUUUUUUUCUCAACUGUUUUACAAUUUCAAGUUGUAGUUGGUGACAUCUUGUUUCUUGCGUGCUUUAUAAACUACCAUGAUUUACAUGUGUUGGUUGCACAUUGCGUUGUUCUUGCCUUGUUGUGACAUUGUUUUCCUUGCGUAGUUUAUAAUCCCGGCCUUACACAUCCAGUAAGAAAGAAACUGUAUAUGACUGUCUAAAGUCAAGUACACAUUCAUGUACUAAUGAACCUGCAUACUUCACUUGCCAUUGUGGUGCAAUAAUUCAGACGAUAAAGUUUAGGCCUCUAUAAAUGUUAUUAACAGCUAAACAUGUUAUUAACAUUUGUUGCAAUAAAUAAAUUUAACCCUAGCAAACAUUUUUCAAUGCAAAUACUAGUAAAAUUUUUUCGGUUCAAUGACACACGUGAAAAAGAUUAAUAUCUACUAAGUUUUUACCUUUCUUUCGUAAGUUAUGAUUGGUUUGUAUUCAUAUAUUUGUUGCCACUUUAUUAAAAACAUUUUUUAAUAUUUAUUUUUUAUUACACAUACUAAUUAUAGUAAUAUAAGGGGAGAAAAUUAUUUUACGAGUCUUUAAAUUACCAAAUUGUUCAAUCAAAUAAAACGUACAAAAUGCUUUUAGAAACGGUAACUUUUCUUCACCUCGAAGUACGUAAGAUGGACACAGAUUCGCUUAUCGCAUACUUCCCUUCCAGGUCGGACAACCCCCGUGACGUCACUUCGGGAGAAAAGUGCAUAUAAGAAUAUAUACUUCAGCCAAAUUUGGACACAGCUUUACUGUCUUUCCUUUCUGUGCAAAAUAUGUUUAAAAAAAGAGGGGGUUGUCUGUAAUGUCGGUUUACGGACGAUAAUUUUACGUGAUAACGUCAUAAGAAAACAUUGAUGAAAAAUUGCAUACAAACCACCUUCGUUUUUCACUUCACUAUAUAAACAUUUGACAAAACAGUUCACGUGUAGGUUGUGUGCUGCCGCUGUCUCUCUUCUACUCGGACGCAUCGGCCGAUGGAGUGGAAGAGAGAUGAGUCACAAAACGAUCGUGCCUCUCUAUCGCUUGUUCCGCGCUCUCGCUUGCACGCUCGGCUCAGGCGGAACGUGACAAUGAGUCAUGCUUUUUCGUGCGUGCAGCCGGCAUUCAUCGAUUUAUAAGACAUCACGUCAAAAAAUGCCACCUUUUCCCUGCAUAUGUGCCUUCUGCUUUUGACCAAAUGCUCAAGAUUUGUACUCCAGCUUUGAAACAAAUUCAUUCUCCGUCAUAACCAAGCUAAAGUAAUUUAUAUAUGCAGGCCAUGUUUCCUGAGGUAACAAUUUCAGGUUUUCUAAAAUAGAUUUUCUGAGAAUUGUUGCAUCUUGAAACCAUUGUUCCUUCAAGACAUUAAUUCUUUUAAACAUGUUCUGAAAUACUUUAACAAAUAAAUACCAUGUACAAACCUUUUGUACACUGAUUUUGGGUAUAUACAUGAAAAUAUGCAUGACCAUCUGUUUAAACAUACAUAAUCUAAAAAAAAAAGUAAAUAUAUUAUAGUUUUUGUAUUAAAAAUAUUCACAACUAAAAUCAACAGAUGUUUUUGUUUUGAAAAGUGAAGUCUUAAAUGAUAUGCAGUUAUGCAACUUAUAAUGUAGGAAGACAGAUCCUGUAAUCAUUAUUACAGAAAUAAUGUUAAAUUAUAUUUGCUCUGAAGUUUUUCCUAAUAUUUUCACAAGACCAUGUUUGUUGUGACACAUGUCUCAAUUACAUUAAAGUACCAUAAUUUAAUAGUUAUUUGAAACCACGUGGUUACAAUCCUGCUACAAAAUAGAACAGAAUCAGUGUACACACUUGUGUAGAAAUUGUGUUGUGAUUGUGACAUUUAAUGUAAAACUUUUACCUAAAUCAGAUUUAUAUUUUGGUUGUACGUAUACAUGUAUUUGUAUUGUGUAGAAUGACAAAUUAUAACGAAUAAAGAAUUGUAUUGAUGUUA